AGCCGCAGGUGGCUCGGCGAGCGUGUCCGCCCGGGGAGCUUGUCCACCCGGCGCCGCCAAUCGCGACCCCCGCCGCCUUUCCCGUGAUGCCCCGCGGCUGACCUGUGACCUCGCGGCUCACCACUCCCUGCGGCCCGCUUCCCUCCCCGCCCCCGCCGAGCUCGCAGCGCUUCAGCGGCCGCGGGGCGUGCCACCAGGCGCAGCUCCUCCUGUAGCGACUCGAGGCCCUCAGCGGGCGCCCUCCUUUCGCCUUUCCUCCCCGCGGCUGGGCCCGACGGGCGGGAAGCUGUGGCCGCGUCCGUGAGACAACUGAUCGGAUUCAAGAUGACCAACGAGGAACCUCUUCCUAAAAAGGUUCGACUGAGUGAAACAGACUUCAAAGUUAUGGCACGAGAUGAAUUAAUUCUCAGGUGGAAACAAUAUGAAGCAUAUGUGCAAGCGUUGGAGGGCAAGUACACAGAUCUUAACUCUAAUGAUGUAACUGGCUUAAGGGAAUCUGAAGAAAAACUAAAGCAACAACAGCAAGAGUCUGCACGCAGGGAAAACAUUCUUGUAAUGCGACUAGCAACCAAGGAGCAAGAGAUGCAAGAGUGUACUACUCAAAUCCAGUACCUCAAGCAAGUCCAGCAGCCUAGCGUUGCCCAACUGAGAUCAACAAUGGUAGACCCAGCGAUCAACUUGUUUUUCCUAAAAAUGAAAGGUGAACUGGAACAGACUAAAGACAAACUGGAACAAGCCCAAAAUGAACUGAGUGCCUGGAAGUUUACGCCUGAUAGCCAAACAGGCAAAAAGUUAAUGGCGAAGUGUCGAAUGCUUAUCCAGGAGAAUCAAGAGCUUGGAAGGCAGCUGUCCCAGGGACGUAUUGCACAACUUGAAGCAGAAUUGGCUUUACAGAAGAAAUAUAGUGAGGAGCUUAAAAGCAGUCAGGAUGAACUGAAUGACUUCAUCAUUCAACUUGACGAAGAAGUGGAGGGCAUGCAGAGUACCAUCCUAGUCCUUCAGCAGCAACUGAAGGAGACGCGCCAGCAGCUGGCUCAGUACCAGCAGCAGCAGUCUCAAGCCCCUGGCCCGAGUACCAGCAGGACUACAUCUUCUGAGCCUGUAGGACAGGCAGAGGCCACAGGUAAAGACUGCAGUCGUCUGGCCAACGGACCAAGUAAUGGCAGUUCCUCCCGGCAGAGGACGUCUGGGUCUGGAUUUCAUAGGGAGGGGGACACGGCCGAAGAUGACUUCCCUUCUUCACCAGGGAACGGUAAUAAGGCCUCCAACAGCUCGGAGGAGAGAACUGGCAGAGGAGGUGGUAGUUACGUAAACCAGCUCAGUGCGGGGUAUGAAAGUGUAGACUCUCCCACGGGCAGUGAGAACUCGGUCACACACCACUCAAAUGACACAGACUCCAAUCAUGACCCUCAAGAGGAGAAAACAGUGAGUGGGAAAGGUAACCGAACUGCGGGUUCCCGCCACGUUCAGAAUGGCUUGGACUCAAGUGUAAAUGUACAGGGUUCAGUUUUGUAAAAUUUUUUCCAGCAAACUUUUAUACAGUGUCAUUUAAUUUGGGAGAGGAUACUGUCCGGAAAAUGAACGCAUACUUUUGUCACAAUUUGCCUUUUUUGUGGGUGUUUUUUUUUCUUUUUUCCUUUCCCUUUUUCUUUAUUUCCUUUUUUUUUUCUUUUUUCUUUUUGCUUCAAUACCUCUGCCACUUUGGAAAUUGUAACAGUUAAUUAAUUACUUUGAAUGUUGCUAAAAGGACAUUUUGUGUAGGGUCAGGUUAUUUUUAUAUGAGUUAAUGUGAAGUUGUAAAUGGAAAUCUUUCCUUAAAGUGUAACACAAUGGUGUCUGUUUAAAUCUGUGUCUAUCCUAGAACCUGUGCUGUGUAAGGGCAUUCUUAUUCAUGCUGUUAUUGUACUUACGCACCAUUCAGACUUGUUAGCGUAGAUGUGGGUUUAUGACUGCCAGGUCUGCCCAGUACAGUAGUUUUAUCACUGAAAGUUGGACUUGUUGAAGGAGUCCUAUAGUAGUUUCAGUGUUAGAUACAGUUUUUUCCACCAUACAUCUGUGCAUUUUCUCUUUAGGUGACUGAAUGUUUAAGAAUUUUGUGUGCAUAGUUACUCAGUUUUUAUGAACUGUUGUAUCCUGUUAAUGCAUAUUGCUCUGUGACUCCAGUAUAUCUUACCUGUACUGACCAAACUUAAAUAAAGAUUUUUAUUGUAACUCCGUA